ACGCAACGGGAAAGGCGUGGCCUUGCUGUAAAAGGGAUUGGCUGUGGACAACCAAUCGGCGCGAUCAAGGUUACUCACGAACCCGCCUUAUCGCACGGAUGAGCAGCUGGCAUAGCCAAUAGCGGCGCGGUGUUCGUUGAAUGACGCGGGGCCUUAGCCAAUUGAGGAGUGGGGAGGGGUUACCGCUGUUCGUCGGAGGGGCAGAGGGAGUUCAGGGGUUAUUGUUGACGUCUCUGGCGAGGAGCAUUUACUGUGUAGUAUGGCACGUCGCCCACGCAACAGCCGUGCCUGGCGAUUUGUCCUGAGCGGAGUCCGCAGAGACCAGGAAACUCGAGCCCCAGUCCUGCCAGCUGGAGAAGAGACUCGGGGCUAUGACUCCGAUGGACAGCACAGUAACAGCGACUCCGAGGUUGAGCUGCUACAUCUGCCGGCUUCCAUUCCCAGCGCAGUGCCUGUGACAGGCGAAUCAUACUGUAGUUGUGACAACCAGAAAGAUGCUUAUUGCUCCAGCCUGUACGCCUUCCACCAGAUCAAGAGCUGCCAGUGUGGAGAGGAAGAUGACUACUUUGACUGGGUGUGGGAUGAUGGGAGUAAAUCCACAGCCACAGUGCUGAGCAGCGACAAUCGCAAAGUGAGCUUCCACAUGGAGUACAGCUGUGGUACAGCUGCUAUUCGGGGCACUAAGAUGCUUACCAAGGGACAGCAUUUUUGGGAGAUCAAGAUGACGUCACCGGUGUAUGGCACAGACAUGAUGGUUGGUAUUGGAACAUCGGAUGUGAACCUGGACAAAUAUCGUCACACGUUUUGCAGUCUUCUAGGAAAAGAUGCAGAGAGUUGGGGGCUAUCAUACACGGGAUUACUUCAGCACAAGGGUGACAAAAGCAAUUUCUCCUCUCGCUUUGGCCAGGGGUCGAUCAUUGGCGUGCAUCUGGACACAUGGCUCGGGGUGCUGACCUUCUACAAGAACCGCAAAUGCAUUGGUGUUGCAGCAACACAGUUGAGGAACAAGAAGCUGUUCCCAAUGGUCUGCUCCACAGCUGCUAAGAGCAGUAUGAAGGUCAUUCGCUCAUGCUGCUGCCGCACAUCCCUCCAGUACCUAUGCUGUGCCCGCAUACGGCAGCUGCUCCCUGACAACAUAGACUCUCUGGAGGCCUUGCCCAUCCCUCCUGGGCUCAAACACGUCCUAAGCAACAAGUUGGGCUGGGUCCUGCAGAUGGGCAUCAGCCCCAGCCGACAGCGCAAAAACGACACCACGGCUAGCACCUCCUACGCAAGUGACUCUGACAGCAGCUGCACACCAGAGCUAAAGGACUGUCAGCGGAAGCGCUGCCGCAGGAUUUAAAUGCUGGUGGAGCGAAGGGUGCAGUGUGGAGUCCUUUCCCCACCAUCUGCUGUAACAUCCACUGUGAACUCUUCAAAGGAUCAAGAAAGGAAACCUCUCUUGGCAAAGAAAGGGAAAAUUUGACCUUAAGAGACCAAGGCAAUCGGGAGAACGUACUGAACAUAUUAUCUUAUGAUGAUAACAUUUAAAAAAGGGAUGUUGGUGCUAGAGACUGCUAGGUUCUAUUUUUAAGCCUGGUUUUGGCUUGGUACAGUUCAGAACUUCAGCCUUUUGUAGGGCAAAUGGUUUUAACAGCUGACCUUAAAGUGACGAUCGUGUCCACAGCAUUCUGUGUUAUUUGGGCUUCUAAAAGAUCCAGAUCCCUAUAUGUUAUGUAGUCUGUCAUUUACCAGCACUUUAACCACAUGUGACAAUACUAUUCUUAAUACAGAUUAUAUUAAGCAUCAGCUUUGCCCUCUUCACUCAGCUGGACCAGAACCCCUCCCCCCCCCCCCCCCCCCCGGAUCUGUUCCAGGGCUUGCGUGACGGUUUGGAGAGUUGUUUCAUGGCCUGUAAUAGCAAGGGCUAAAACGAUGGUUAACCAGCUACCCAGAACCCCUUUUUGUAUGAUUGUAUGACAUCAAACGCUCUCCAUGCACUCUGCUCAGUGGCUGGUCUGAAGAGGGAAGAGUCCAUUGAUGACGUACUGUACCAUGACCUGCAUCCUCACACAGAGAUCACUCAUGGGAUUUCUUCAAGAACGGUCAAGUCAAACAUGUACACUCUGUUUCUACGUUUUAUGACAACUGUUUGCCCUCCAUGAUUACCAAACUUGCACAAAGAGUUGUACUUUUAGUCUUCAACAAGCGCCUAUAGGUAUCUACGGAGGACCUGUUCAUAUUUAGCAAUGGUUCAGUUUACUUAAUAUGUCACUGCUGAUAUACUAUGUGGAUUUCUUAUGUACCGCCGAUGAAAGAUGCAGAGUGAAAUAUAGCGUUAAUAUUGUGUAUGGUGUUAAAGAAUAAGUGCACAGUUGUGGUGAGAAUAAAAACAAACUAUUCUGUUGCUUUUCAUAGCCAGUGUCAUCAGUUCUAAAAAAUAAAUAAAAAAAAUCUAAACCC